AUGGAUCCUAAUAUCUACGAGGCUUGUAGUGACCUAAUUGUUAAGUUCAAAGGUCCUGUAAGUGCAGAUGAAGUGCUGGCUGAGAAAAUAAAUCAUUUGGUACCAAUACCUUUACCUUCCCCUGAGGAAAUAAGUGCAAUUACUAAAGGGGAAGUAGGUGCAGACUACGAUUUACUGCCCAGUAUUGACUUGAAAGUUCUACACUAUUUUUUAACUCAACUGGUGGUACAAAAAUACCCUCAUUUGAUCAACUGUUUUGACGAGACUUCUUUGAUUGCGCUGGGUGUUCUUUUGGAAGAAUGGGUUCAGGAAUACCUAGAGGAUGCAAACAACGAAAUUCGGAAAGGUCCUGCACUUGUUAUUGGCAAGAAUACCAACUAUAGGGACUCUCCAGCGAAUAUAUGA